AUUUCAUGUCAGCUGCUUUACUCAGAACCUGAAGACUGAUGAACUUAGACCGGGCGUAGACCUGUUUUCUGACUUUAGACUGGGUUUGGACUUGGUCAUGUACCGAGUUUUGCAUUGACUUGGUUUUGGCAUUAGUUUUGGAUUGGUUAUAGACUGGUUUAGACUUUACAGACACCCAGAGGUUUAUAGUGGAUGAUUUUGCCUGAAUGUUUCCACACAGAUUAAUAUCCCUUCCUCAUACCAGUUGGAUCUGUGAUGGUGAUAAACAACACUAUCUGGGCAGUAAACCUAAAUGAACUUUAGCUUUUUGGCGUGUUUGGGCAGUUUGGAAAUCCCGGUGUUGAUCACGGUGCUUUCUGCAGUUUCUCUUCCACCUACAUCAGCCAAUAGGAAACGGAUUACAUGGUGUGAUAAAAACUGAACGCUGAGCUCCAGACUCUGUCUUCUCCACAGACUUACCUGCUGCAGACCAGGUUGUAGGAGGAAGAGCUGAACUCCUGAAUUCUGCUCCUGAGCUGAUUAUCUACGAAACAUGAGCUACUCAAACAGGGCCCUGAGAGACAUGCAGGCCGCUUUGAAGGAGAUGUCUAGACAAUUGGAAACUUUGAGGGCCAGUAUGAUUGUUUUAAACUCUUUUGGAGACAACAUCGGGGGUUUGUGCGAAAGAAAAAGAUUAAUAACAGCUGCGUUGGAAAAAUGCAAAGAUCAAACCAUUCUGAAGUGGUUGAGAGAAAAUGCAGAGUCUGAUGCCUUCUCCGAACUCGUGGAAAUGUUCAACUUCCUGAAGAGACACAUUGAUGAGGAGGAGAAGAAGAACCACGAUGACAGUGUUGACAUCACCCUGGUGGCUCAUGGAGCCAUCAGAGACACGAUGAUUCCCGCCUGCUGCCUGCUGCCUCUGGACUCCAUUGUUGACGUCGUCCUCUACACACCCUGGAAUUGCAACAUCACGGCUGACGUGACGUAUGGCAUCGCUACCGGCAGGCUGAAACUUCACCACAGAGUUUUCUACUGCGGCACCAAAAAACAGCUCAAGUUUCCUGGUGAAAAAUAUCGGGCCUUGAAUGUGAGCAAUUCCCUGAAGAAGCCGGAGAUGCGAGAGUGCUGUCCAGUUCCUGAUGGAAAGCAUCAACCCUCCAACCUGCCAGACCAAUGGAACUCCCUGAAGAGAGCUGGAGGACAAAUGAUCCCGAACAUCAUCAUUGGGUUUCUCACUCCAGAUGACGGCGUGUGGAAAAGCUACAAAUCCUUUUCAGAAAAACACGGAGCUCCGGGCAGAAACCGCAUCGUCAUCCCGUUCGUCCUCCCGGCAGAAAGAGGGCGCUGCGUCCCACUGUCGGUGAUCAUGUUAGCGCUGUCACUGGUGCUGCUGUCGUCCAGGUUCAAAGCCACCGUCCACCUUGCCGCCUGUCUUGGUCACAUCUCUGCUGAAUACAAGAUGGACACUCUGAAGGAUCAGUACUCCUCUACUGCCGACAACACCGGAAUGAAGACCUCACCGGACAUGUUCUUUCACACAUAGACAGAUGACCUUUCAUCAGCCUUCCAUGACAACUGUAGAAGACUUAACAAGAACCUACUAAACUGUAAAUUCAGCUAAAGGCAUUUUGUGUCAUAAGGUGCCUUCUCAUUAGAUACGGCCCCAAUCAAGUUUUUAUGCCUCAAUUUUAUCGAGUCAUUAAUAAUUGUGGGUUUACCAGUGGUUCCUAGUACAUUGCUUGGCCCCCCUGAGAUUGCAUUAGUGGUUUCUGAUAAUAUCUGAGAGUCUCAUUUUGACUUUUCCCCAAGUGACAACGUGCAAACAAAGGUAAUUUGCAAAGUUUGCACAGACACAGUUUGCACGUCGGAUGGCAACACGAAAAACUUGUUCAAUCACUUGAAGAGAAAGCACCCUAAACAGUAUGCUGAGAGCCAAGCAGGGGACCGCCGGCAGCAGCUGGACCCAAACAGACAACGUUAAUACGGGCUUUUGCUGAAGGCACUCCGUAUGAGAACACAGGCAAGCGGUGGAAAGACGUAACAGAAGCAGUUACCUUUUAUCUCGCAAAAGAUAUGGUUCCGUUCAAGACAGUAGAAAACAAGGGGUUCAAAUGCCUGAUCAAAGCAGUUGACCCGCGGUACGAGCUGCCCAGCCAAAAAUACUUAUCCAACACUGCCAUUCCACGUCUCUACUCUGAAUGCCGAGAAAAGAUUGAUCACAGAGUUCAGAACGUCCAGUUUUCUGCAACAAUAAGUGAUCUGUGGUCCAGCUGCACUUAGUCUCAAAAAUACACGUAAGAUCGCAAUAAAACCGAAAUCGUGAUUUUAUAAUAAAAAAAUCGUGACAUGAUAUUUUUGCCACCUCUUGCACUGAAGCCUUCUGCCAUGACUAUGUAGUAACACAACAAACGGACAGCAUCAGUCAGUGCAUUUAGUAACUA